CAUACCGAAGGGGCGAUGUGCAAAAAUAGGGGGUUAUGCUAUGGGUUCCUCUAUCCCGACUCAUUUUGUCCGUUAAUAUCUGGGAUCUUCACCCUAACCACCCGCUUCCUCUUCAAUCAAUCCUCUCCCCGCCAGUCCCCUUCGUUGCCUCAAAAAAGACUGCAAUUUCACCGGAAAAAAAGUAUAUGUUAUGAUGCAGGCUCCCCCGCGUUCAAUUAUGACACUGGAUGCCUAUCAGUACAAGGCAAAGCUACUGGUCAAGGACUACUUGCUAGCAGAUUCAUACAUCCCUUACACAUCUUUGCUUGGUGGCAUUUUCAUCUCCAAGAUGGUGUAUGAUCUUACAGAACUACUCAGCUCUUAUUACUACAUUGGAUACAGUUCUCUUACAAAGACGCAACGGAUUGAAUGGAAUAACCGGGGUAUGUCCAGUGUUCAUGCCAUUUUUAUCUCGGCUAUAUCAAUUUACUUGGUAUUCAUUUCAAAUAUGUUCUCUGAUAAUCGCCCUGAUGGACUGAUUAUUUCCCGAAGUUCAAAUCUCUCUACCUUUGCGUUGGGGGUUUCUGUUGGGUAUUUUAUCACCGAUCUUACAAUGAUGUUUUGGGCCUAUCCUAUCCUUGGUGGAAAAGAGUAUGUCUUCCACCAUUUCCUUUCAGUAGUUGCCGUAUCUUAUUCCAUGUUCUCUGGGGAAGGACAGUUAUACACGUGCAUGGUCCUCAUCUCUGAAGCAACCACUCCAGCAGUUAAUCUUCGAUGGAUACUGGAUACUGCAGGAAUGAAGAGAUCGUGGUUAUAUCUUGUUAAUGGGUCCAUAUUGUUCCUUGGCUGGCUGGUUGCAAGAAUUCUAUUGUUUUUUUACUUGUUUUAUCACGUCUAUGUACACUAUGACCAGGUGAAGCAGAUGGAUAUCUAUGGCUUGCUACUUGUUUUUGGUGUACCAUCUGCUUUAGGAAUCAUGAACAUGAUUUGGUUUGCAAAGAUAUUGAAAGGACUGAAGAAAACAUGGAAUAGUAGUAGGAGGAACAUAUAAAAGGAUGUGAAGCUAAUCAUAUUCAAUUGCUUUUUUUCUCUCUGUUGUACUGUAUAAAAAUACCAUAUGUUUGCUGUGUAAUUUUGGGAAACGUGCUAAUUAGGGAAGAUGGUUCUAAGUAUAGGAUAGCAGCCAUUCCUAGUUUCUUUCAUUUUGUAUUUUUUUAAAAAGAUUUUGCAAUUUUGUUGUUGUAUAUGAAUAUAAUUUCUUCGGGAGAUCCCAUGUUCCCUUUUGUUUGAGAGUUUUUGGAGA